AUCUGAGACCAAAAUAAACAAAAUAGAUCGAUCAGUCGUAAAAACCAGAUCUGACGCUCAACUCUCUUCCUCAUCGCUCUCUCCUCACCUCUCCUCUCCGCCGCCAACACCGCGACACCAAGGACUCCACCGCCUCUCUCAUCAGCCACCAACGACGCCUGCGCCAGUCCUUGCUACCACCGUCGCCACCGCCACUGUUCUUCUCUUCUCUCCGCCUAGGUUUUGGUUUUGUUCCGUUUUCCAGGUGUUGUCUGCCCAUCAAUCUGUAGAGAUACAAUGGAUCAAGGACGAAACCUUGCGUCUACAUCAAACAGUGAGGAGGACGAUCUUAAUGAUAUCAUUAGAGAAGAAGCCCUUGACUUCCUUCCUGCUAAAUCACUGUUCAGAUUCAUGGCUGUUUGUCAUCUCUGGAAGCGCCAUAUAUUAACACCAACCUUCCACUUUAAUCAAUCACUUCGUUUCACCGACACAACAGGCCUUUUUUGUCAGACUAGUCCUGAAACUCCUCCUGUCUUCAUACCAAUUCAUCCAGCAUCUGCUGGUGUACCAGAUCCCUCUUUGAGCUUUCUGCCAGAACCCGUUGUGAUUAGGGCCUCAUCAAAUGGACUGUUGUGUUGCCAAGGACAAACUGAAGAUGGGCACUUGUAUUUGUGCAGCCCAGCUAUAAAACAUUGGAAAAAACUUCCAAAACCUACUGCUUGUCAUGGAUCUGAGCCAGCACUUGUGGUGAUAUUUGAACCGUCACGGCUCACCAAUGUAUCUGAGUACAAACUCAUUUGUGCCUUCGAAUUUCCUGAUUUUGGUGAUGCGAUUGGAUUCGAAAUAUACUCCUCCAAGACUAAAUCUUGGAGAGUUUCUGGGGAUUUUUGUUUUGGAGCUAAAAAAGCUACUCUGGGGUCUGGUGUUCAUGUCAAUGGUGUUGUUUACUGGCCUUUUAUAGAGAGUGAUGGAAUUGUUUCUUUUGAUCUAACAAAGGAUAGGUCAGAAUUACUGGACAACGUCAAAACUGAAGGCUUACUGGGAACAUAUUAUGGAAUGCUUUGUAAGGUUGUUUUGCGAUUGUAUUACACUGAAGCGGUGGUCAAAGUGAAGGUUAAUUUCCAAUUGGCUGAUAGAGUAAUAAAGUGGGAAUUAGUGCGACAUGCUGUUUUUCCUCCCGACGUUUAUAUGCUGAUGGAUGAUGAUUUUGCCUGCAGAGUUGUCUCUAUAGGCAGAGAAGAGGUGGUGAUUCAGCAUAGGAACCAAUUAUACUCCUAUGAUCUUCAAACAGAGGAAACUAAAACACUGACCAAGCCAGAUGAACCGGAAUAUGAUAUAUGUGUGCCCUAUGUGAAUAACCUUGUUUACCUCUGAGCUUCAUGUACUUGAGAUUCAUAAACUCCAUCCGUCUCAACCUCCUACUUUGAACAAUCAUACAUCAAUCUAGUUAAGGGAAUAAUGUUCUUCUAUCAUAUUUGAAUUGUGGAAACUGGAAAGACUUCUCAUUGUGUCAUCUUUAGUUCAAUGGUAUUCUAACUGUUUGGUCUUGGAAACAAGCCAGUAAAUAAGGACUAUGCACUCAAGCAGGAAACUUGC